AUGCUCGACGAUACUUUACUACACCUUUUCUCUGAUGCAGAGGAGAAUGGGAAUAGCUGGUCUGAUGCUGGUUAUUUGCAGCAUUAUCAACAGCACUUAUCCCACCUCGAAACUGGAUCAAAAUUAAGUCUUCUCCAAGAGUUACUUUGCGUUCGAUCACCUGUGCCGCCUCUACCGGAAGAUAUUCUCCAAAAGAUCGACUCAAUCCUCUUGCGCACUAGAGAUCACCAUAUCCUCACCCAAGCCUCCUCGUUGACUCCAUCACGGACGAUUCGACAUGAACAAGGUGGAGCUACCAACCUUUCACUCUGGAGAGGAGAUAUCACCACCUUGACGGGUAUCACUGCAAUUACAAACGCCACCAACGGCCAGAUGCUUGGAUGUUUCCAGCCGACGCAUCGGUGCAUCGAUAACAUCAUCCAUUCGCGGGCAGGGCCUCGCUUGCGGGAUGAGUGCUUCCAGCUCAUGCAGGAUAGGGACAAAGACCUUGGCGCGGGUGAGACGCUUGUCACUCGUGGAUAUGAUCUCCCUUCAUCGUAUGUAAUUCAUACGGUAGGCCCACAACUCCGUCGUGGUGCCUCCCCGACCGAGGUUGAGAGGAGACAGCUCACCAGAUGCUACGAGUCUGUUCUUGACGCUCUGGAGCUGCUUCCAGCUGAAGAAGCUGGUAGAAAGGCGAUUGCACUCUGCUGUAUUUCGACAGGACUGUUCGCGUUUCCAGCCAAAGAAGCAGCUGAGAUUGCAGUCUUGACGGUAUUGUCGUGGCUCGACAAUCAUCCAUCAACGACAAUAACCGACAUCAUUUUCAACACCUUUACCGAGUCUGACACUGGGAUCUAUUCAAAACUUUUUGAAGCUUUACCUGAAGACUGGACCCCUCUCAGUGACAAGCCCAAAUCGACACCGCUUGUUGGAUCCUUGGCUUUGGCUCGCGAAUGGCUCGACUCCGCAGACGCCGUGCUGGUGACUGCGGGUGCUGGACUAUCGGCUGCUGAGGGCUUGGACUAUCACUCUCGAUCGCUGUUUGCGGAAAACUUCCCUGGGUUCCUCAAGUAUGGGUUGACGUCCCUGUACAGCGUCUUUGGCUAUAAUGACUGGCCGUCAGAGGAGCAUCGAUGGGGCUACUUCUUUACUCAUCUUAAUAUGGUGGCCAACUGGCCCAAGACGCCUUCUUACCAAGCCCUCAUAUCGCGGUUGAACAAGUUUGGCCCUGACGCCCACGUUCGCACAUCCAACGCGGAUGGAUUGUUUUUGGCCAACGGCUGGUCAGAGAAGCAGUUGUCCACUCCUCAGGGCUCUUACGCAUACCUACAGUGCUUGGAAAACUGCAGAGUCGAGGCCACAGUUCGAUCCGCGUCUCUUGUUGCUGAUGCGAUCCCACACUUGGACGAGGCUACCCAGAAGUUGAUGGACUCGAGCAAGGUUCCGCGGUGUAAAUAUUGUGGAGCGAAGAUGAGCAUUUGCGUUCGGGCGGGCCCAUGGUUCAACCAAGCCCCCUUCAAAGAGGGUGAGGUUGCGUGGAAGGCCUGGAAGUCAAGAAUUCUUCGAGAAAAGAAGAAGCUGGUGAUCCUGGAGCUUGGUGUCGGGAUGAACACGCCUGGUGUUUUGCGAUGGCCUAAUGAGGACCUUGUUUUCAAGGGGAACGGCUUGGUCAAGCUAGUGCGCGUUGGACUAGGACCAGAGGCGGUUGUAUCAUGGGACCAAGAGGAUGGAGAGCUGAGCACGUAUGUGGAUGGAGAUAUAAGCCAGAUCAUGCCUUUUUUGGUGGGCGAUGCUUAG